GUUAUGUGGUACUAUUGAUAUAUAAAAGCAUAAUGGAUUAUUCGAAAGUACAGCUUUCACUCUGAAACUUUGGUAUUGAAAGUUUAGUUCUUAAAGGAUAUGCAUAGGAAACCGUACUUCUUAAUUAAAAGUUACAAUGCCUACAUAAGAGAUGUCUAAAAAGUACUAUUUGUGGUUAUAGGAAGAUGUUCAGAUGACAUGCCCUACAUCGACAAUGGAUCAGAUUUACCAGCACCCUUUCAAAGAGAGGCGAUUUUAUCUUUCGAUGAUGGUGCUGUUUGCGGUUUUCCAGUUGACCAUACUCAAUCUGAUUCUGUUUAGAUUUAACGUCGGGGAUCAUCUGAUCGUAACAAAUGGAGAAAUGACUGACAGCAACACUAAGGGAUAUGGAACUUCCUAUUACUCAGCCAAGAAGAAGGGAAAUCCAAAACUUUUGAAUUUCAAGGACAUAAACCUCUGGAAUAGGACAUUAAACCCAUCGAUUUAUGGUCCGGUGGAAGGACACCUUCCUGAAACUAUGGAUACAAGAACUUCUAUACUUAAAAGACGGAUGCAUCCGACGGAAGAAGACUACCAUAACAUUGUGUCUGGAAAAUACAAGCCUGUUGGUAUAAUGACAUUGGAAAAAAGAGUUUUAUUAAUGAAACAAACUAUGACAGAAGCACUGAAAAUGAUGCCUGAAAGUGAAGGGAGAGAAUUUUUAGAAAUGCUCACAGAGGGUCCAUUCAAAUUCCAUGAACAGUACCGAAAUCCAUGCUGGUUUGAGGACGAAGAGAGUGAUACAUCAAAUGGACUCAAGUGUUUACCGUACUUUUAUUUAAUAGGCGCUCCUAAAUGCGGGACAACGGAUUUACAAAGAAGACUUGUACAACACCCAGAUAUUUCUGAUCGUGUCGUGAAAGAACCUCAUUGGUUGAAUAGGAACCGUUUUUAUCCACAAAGAGGAUAUGUCUAUCCAAAAUUUGAGCACUAUCUUGCUGUAUUUUCUGAUGGAACUCGGCAGAUACAGGAGAACAAGGACGCCUCUGGGUAUCAUCCUAUGAUAUUUGGUGAUUGCUCGGCAACGACAAUGGUAGACAACAGAUACUGGACCAUACACCCACCAUCCAAAAACGUAUCCGAACCAGUAUACACAAACGCGGAUUAUAUACAUCAUCUAAAUCCUAACGCAAAAAUUAUUGCCAUGUUGAGAAAUCCAGUAAAUAGAAUUUACUCCGAGUAUUUGUACUUUAUGCACGGAAGUCCUGAAGAGUUCCAUGACCUGGUGAAAAAGAACAUUCUGUAUACACGAGAGUGCCUAAAACAUAAUAGUUUACGCUACUGUUUCAACAUAGCGCCGAGGAAUUACACUCAGGCCGAGAUCAAACUAGAGUGGGGUGUUUAUUUUCUACAUCUUAAAGAAUUCCUACGCGUGUUCCCAAGGAAACAGAUCUUUGUGAUCAAACUAGAAGAUUUUUCUCAAAGUCCAGUGUCAUACAUGAGAAGAAUCUUUUCAUUUUUAAAAAUGCGGCAAUUACCAGACGAUCAGUUAAAUCAAAUUUCCAGUCCAGAAAAGCGUGCAAAUGUGAGGGAGAAAAGUGACAAAGAAAAGGGAGGGAUGUUAGAAGAAACCAGAAAAAUACUAGAAGAUUUCUAUGAGCCUUACAAUAAACUCCUAGUUGAUCUCUUAGGGAAACAGUUUGAUUUCAACAACACAGGCUGAGCUUGUUUGUGUGGGGUCGUUAACGACCUUUUUUAUAAACAGGAAGUUGGUUCAUCUGACCAGUGUUCAUUUUGAUUUUGUCGUUGAUGAUUCUGAACGUAAAAUGCAUUGUUCUCCGCAAAUAAAUGACAGAUGGUUCCAAGUUGAACAACGUAUGAUUUUAAGUUACACGUCAAAUUAUUGCGGCAUGUUCGUUCAUCGUCAUACGCUUGUUACGAGGCUAAGAUGGCUAGGAUAUAGGCACAUGAAUAAUUAGGAGUGUAAAGGGCGAAUCUACAGGAAUAUUUAUACAUGCAUAUGGCGGGGGCUACAAGCAGACACAAGGAUAUUCAAUGUGUAGGGCGGGGCUACGAGAUGAGAUAGGAGUAUGUAUUGGUCUGGUCGACUGGCUGAGAAAACAAUUAUCAUAUACGGCAGUGCGACAGUGUGAGGCAACAAUAAUAUUGCAAAAGGGCGUGACAAGAUUAAUCAAUGUAUAAGAUAGUGCAACUGGCUGGGACAAGAAUAAUAUAUUAAAAGGUCUGUGUGAUAGGCUGAGACAAUGGCAGGGAAAUAAAAUUUGAUUUAUUUCAGUAAAUUACAUCAUGGUUGAGAACGUUUGCCUGGCUGUUUUGAUUUCAUAGAUAUUGUGAUUUCAGACUUGAAUGUGUAUGUUUGUGUUAUUUAUUUCAAUAAGAAUAUUCCUUUUGUUGAAAUUGAGAGCAUUACAGUUUUCUCUAAAGUUAGACCAGCUCAUUCAAAAUGUACUUGGAAAAUCAGUUUUCUUUAAAGUUAGGCCAAACGCAUUCAAAAUGUACUUGGGAAAUUUAUUAACAUGUAGCGAGCAACCGGGACGCUCUAUAUACUGUAUAACAGAGAUUUACAACACGUACAUGUACACAUACACACCAGAGAAGAUAAUUUCUAUAAAUUGUUAUUGUCUGUAGUAGUCAGGGAAAGACUUAUAUUGACAUAUUCUCUCUAUAGAUAUAAAGAUUUUGAUCGGCCAUGUCAUUGUAUAUAAGAACUUCCUAUAUAAAAAGGUUUUUGAAACAGAUAGCAAUAGUGUCUCACUUUGUAACACCCCUCAUAUUGUAUAAUGAUCAUCGCAGCAGACGUUUAAAAUAGUUUUGUUUUGUGAAAACCACUGGGUAGAAUUACACCAAACUUCACAGGAAUGAUCCUUGGGUGAUCCCCUUUCAAAAAUGUUCAAAAAAUUGAAUUCUAUGCAGAACUCUGGUUGCCAUGGCAACCGAAAGGAAAUUUUUUUAAAAAUCUUCUUGUCCAAAACCACAGGGCCUAGGGCUUUGAUAUCUGGUGUGUAGCAUCAUCUAGUGGUCCUCUACCAAAAAUGUUCAAAUUAUCCCCCUAGGGUCAAAUAUGGCCCCGCCCCGGGGGUCACAUGGUUUAUAUAGACUUAUAUAGGGAAAACUUUGAAAAUCUUCUGGUACAAAACCGCAUGGCCUAGGGCUUUGAUAUUUAGAAGGUAGCAUUAUCUAGUGGUCCUCUGCCAAGAUUGUUCAAAUUAUCCUCCUAGGGUAAAAUAUGGCCCCGCCAAGGGGUCCCAAGUUUUACAAAGACUUAUAUAGGAAAAAAAGUUUAAAAAUCUUCUUGUCUGAAACCACAACACUUUGACCUUUAAUAUUUGGUUUGUUGCAUUGUCUUAUGGUCCUCAACCAAAAUUGUUCAAAUUGUACCCCUUGAGUGAAAAGAGGCCCUGCCCUGGGGGUCCCAAGUUUUAUAAAGACUUAUAUAGAAAAAAGCUUUAAAAAUCUUCUUGUCUGAAACCAUACGACCUAGGCUUUUGAUAUUUGGUAUGAUGCAUUGUCUAGAAGUCCUCUACCAAAAUUGUUCAAAUUAUGCCCUGGGGACACUUAGUUAUUAUGUUAGUUAUAUAGGAAAAAUACUUAAAAAAUCACCUGAUCCUAUUUCCAAGACUGUUCAAUUAUAAUUACCUGAUGGCCCCAAGUGAUAUGAUGUCACUUGACUGUGACCUUGACCUACUGACCUACUUUCUUGUUUUUUUAAGAUACAGCCUUGAAAUAUUGAUGACAUACACAGUUUUGCACACAAAUCGUAAAACUGAAUUUCAUUGACCAUGAAUGAGACCUACUGACUUUCUUAAUAUUUUAUCAUCAGUUUGACAUUUGAAAGAUGUAGCUCAUAUUACUCAGGUGAGCGAUCCAGGGUCAUCAUGACCCUCUUGUUAUGAAAAACAAAACAUUAAAAAAUAAUUAGUCUUGACAAAAUGUGCCUAUUCUAUAGACAUUGUAACUAAAAAAUUAAAACCGGA